UCAUCCUAAAGCCAGGAAACAGACUUCAAUCAAUCAACAGUGGUAUCCUUUGAGGGGGGAACUCAUUGUUUCUGCUGUUGGUGAGAGCCCGCACCUCGCAGCAGCGAGUGACUGAAUCGGCUUCUGAGACUCCACAGGUCCUUCCUCUCCGUUUGUCUUCCUCUUCUUGCGCCUUCUGGCCGGAUUUGGACUGAAAGACAGCACUUGUGGACGCAGGACUUGCUCAUCUCACCGCGCGGAGGGGAAAAAUGAAGUUAGUUUUUUGCGGGUAGAUGAUGAAUGGCGAGUCGCAGGGGGGUUAGUGGAAGCCUUGCAUUCACAGGUGAGCACGUGAAGGCUCCACAGCCUCCAUCCCGCACCUCCGGUUUGAAAUCCUGCCGCUUCUCUUUGGAUCUGCCGUCCUGAGGCGGGGAAGUCACCUGCCGACGAGAGGCGCUGUCCGCGGUGCUGAAGUCUUCUCGGCAACUUCUGGCUCGCUCCAAAAAGCAACAGUUAGCGGGACACUGUCCACCAGCAGCUCCAGAAAGAGCUUAAUAUGGUAACGCAAACCAGAGUUCAUCUGCAAACUUUGGUACUUUUGUUUUUUGCCGUCCACCUGAGCCAGCCGGUAUGUGUGGAUGUCCCAUCGGCGACAGAGGCAGUCCUGGGCAAAUCCAUGAAGUUGACCUGCAUCGCCUGCAUGAGGAGGGAGGAGAUCAAAGCGAAGACGCGAGUGGAUUGGUACUACAUGCCAACAAAAGAAGAAAACACACCACCCAACAAAACCCAUAUAUACAUGUAUGAGGAUGACAAUCCGGUUGAACUGGAUGGACCGUUUAAGGGCCGUCUGGCCUGGAACGGGAGCCAGGACUUGCAGGACGUCUCCAUUCAAAUCAUCAACGUCACCUAUGACGACAGCGGUGUCUACGAGUGCCAUGUACUCCGCAAGUUUGAGUUUGACUUCUUCACUCCCUCGGUCUCCAUCGCCAAGGACAUCAAGUUGAAGGUGAUUGAGAAAGCCAGAAAAGACUCUACAGCGAUCUACUCCGAGAUCAUGAUGUAUGUGCUGCUGGUUUUCUUGACCUUCUGGCUGCUGGUGGAGAUGGUCUACUGCUACAGGAAGAUCUCCAAGUCUGAUGAGCAGACGCAGGACACGGCGACAAACUACCUAGCCGUUCCCUCUGGGCAGAAAGCCGCUCCAGCUGCUCCUGUUACCGAAUAAAAGAUGUUUUUCAGUGACACGGUAUUAACCAAUCACGAUGGGACUUUAUGGCCAGGUGACGGACUGAAGCAUAGAUUCUACAACCUUUAUCUAUGCCACUAUGAAGGCAUCAUUACUCCUGGGCAGCCAUGGGAAUCCUGUCGACCGAGCUCCCCUGUGUAACGACUGUGUCCUGUGAGGAGACUGUCCAAGCGCCCCGUUUCUCUCCCCCUGUUCCUCCCGUGUUCUAUUAAACCUUUGUCCCGAGCAUCUGAAAUCAAGUGCUUUCACUAAUACGCCAGGUUAACAACAACGUAAGUGUCCCGCACCUUUUAUCAGAUAAGUACCAGCCGUGCUUCAUUUCGACGUGCCACUGCGUAGACUUACUAAAUAUCUUCGAGUAGUUAGUGCUGCCUCUGUGAUUUAUAACCUAUAAACAGAAAAGAUCCAAGGAAAGACCCUGUCCCACUGCUCUCAAGGCUGUUAUAUACAACUUAUACACUGACUCUGUAGUACUUGUUUAGUUCAUUUUGUUUUAUUACAUUUUAUAGACCGUGUUGAGAUUUUGAGUCGCAGUUUCAUUUGUAUGGGCAAAUAUCUUUUUUGACGUCUUUUUAAGGAAAAUGGAUUGCAUAGCUUUUAUACUGUAUGGUUGUGCAUCAGUGAAACAACAACGUACAAAAACAGAUUAUGUCGUAUCAGGUCACUUUAUUUCAUCUACAAUACAUCUAGACUCUAUACUACUCUCCCCUGUAUAAAUCUUUAAUCCAUGUUCAGCUCUGAGGUCAAAGUACAUUCAGUGGGUUAAAUCCUGCUGAAUAGAGUUACUCUACAAUUUAUCCUUAAGCUUUGGCUGUUGCUGAUGUUCUACAGUAGCAUUGCUGUUGAGAAUAAAUGUGUGCCUAUUUCUAUUGCACAACACUGUAGAAAUGUAUUGUGACUCAAUCAUACCAAGCUGUUCUUUGUCUACUGCAGAUAUAUUUCCUGGGUGAGUG